CGACGAUUUGGAGGCGUAGGCGAGGGAUUCUCUAUUAUAGAAAACAAGGGGACAACCCACACUCCAAAAUGGAUAUGACUACACCAUUACAAGGUAAUAUCUAUGAUUAAACCAGUGAUACUCACGUCGUCUACAUCUGUUACCCUUCCCCACGUCCUCUACAUCUGUUACCCUUCCCCGGAGCGGGAUUACAACCUGCCCCAGAGCGGCCGGCGCUGGAGGCUGGCCGUCCCGUCCGCCGCCGGCGCGUCCAGUCUCGCCUCGUCGCUCUCGCGCUCCCUCAGGUGGAAGCGCCGGCUCCCGGGUCUCCCCUCCCUCACCCUGCGCAGCGGCUCCGCGGCCGCCGUGGUCGACGCUGUCGCGUUCCGCGUCAUGUACGUCGUCGAGGCCGUCGUGCUGGGCCUCGCGCUCUCCUGCUUCUUCCUCUGCGCUAUGGGUGGUUCUUGCAUGUUUAGGCUCUGCAUAGCAAACACGGAGGAGGACUGGAGGCCGGGAACGGAGCAGUACAAGUUCAUCGAUCGAAGCAGCCCUGGUGUAGAACAAAUCAUGCCUUUAGCAUGUUCAUAUGAAUGCACUGAAGCCGGGAACGGAGCAGUACAAGUUCAUCGAUCGAUCGAGACAUGUGUUGAUAGAUACACUGUUUGAUAUACUUUCAGCAUUGUCCUUUGGUUACCAUUGGUUCUGAA